AUGCCGAAAGUCAAUAGCUACGCGCCUGCAUGGCUAUGCCGACCCUCGCCUGGCGCCAGCCUCUUCGAAAGCAAAAGUCCAGCGCAGACUCUUCUGAAUGAAUCGAAAUUGGCUGCUUUGAAUGGCGCAUCGCGCACAAUCGCCAAGCGCGGAUCAGAGAUCUUUGCCGUCAUCGACAAUGAGAUCCGUUGGUCCCAUCUUCCACGACUGAAGGAUCAAUGGCAGCAGCAGGCUAGACAGAAGAAGGGCGUUGCUCAGUCAAAGGAGCAAUUAAAUGGCUGUGACAUUCCUCCUUACAGGGUUUUGACUGUACCUGUGUACGGACCUGUCAAACAAAUCGUGCCGUCUCCCAAUGGCGCUUUCCUUGCGAUUGUCGGCGAGCACACUAUCCAUAUCGCUGUUCUCCCAGACUCAUCACAUCUUUCAUCGAGAGACUCCUCUGCAAUCCGGCUGAAGACCUACCAGCUCGGCCCAACUACCCAUGUUAUUCCACAAGCACCAGUAGUGUCAGCGCUAUGGCAUCCUUUGGGACUGCACACCAACCUAGGUGGAUGCAUUGUCACGGUUACCGCAGAUGCCGCUGUGCGAGUAUGGGAAUUGCAUCGAAACAAUCAUUGGUCUUUCGACCAGCCUACACUCGCAGUGGACCUCCGAAAGUUGGUUGAUGGAACUUCCUGCGAUCAGGAUUUCGCACCCACUGGAUUUGGAAAGAAUAAGGGAUUCUCGGCAGAUGUCAUUGACAUGGAAGUGGCCUCCGCUUGCUUCGGCGGCAGUGGCAUUGAAAGAGAGGACGCUUGGGCCCCCAUGACUCUCUGGGUGGCCAUGAAGCCCGGCGACCUUUACGCCCUUUGCCCCCUGCUGCCAUCUAAGUGGCAGGCUCCCUCGGCAACAAUCCCCUCUCUCUCUUCGGCCAUUGUUCCUAAACUCGCAGCGCUUGAAGAAGCCCCAGAGGACUUGGAAGAAGAGUUGGUGGUUUGUCGUCAACAAUAUGAGUGGCUGCGAGAAAUUGACGGUCAAGAGCCUCUCGAUCAACCUUCCCGAACAGAUACAAUUGAAGGUGCUGAUGUUUUUACCCGUCCGGCUUCUCCAAGCCCCAUACCCCGUUUACAGGGACCAUUCCGUUUCGACGCUGAUGAUGACACUGAUGAUUUGGAUCUAUGCGAAAUCCUUGUGAUCGCCUCCAGCCUUAACGUCGAAGAUCUCAUGAUGGGGGAGGAUGAGGAACUUGCAGUUCAAAUCAGCAAGCAGGAUAAACUCUCGGCCACUGUCAUCUGUCUGUCUAGUAGUAAUGGUCGUGUUCAUAUCUGCUUGGAGCUUGAUGGCGUGGAAGGCCAGUGGCUACCCAAGGCAAGAAAGAAUUCAUUCCAAACGCCCAUGCCGGACCCCUCUGAUCUUCUCUUGGUGGAAUCGCUGGAUACCGUGAAGACGGACGGAUCGAAGUCGGUCGCUUGGCCCACUUUUACCAAGGAUGUCCACUCCCGAUACUCAUUCUUCGUUACAACCGCGACAAAUGUCGUAUAUUUCUCUAUGGGUCCCUGGGUAGAGAGACUCGAAGCAGAGCUACAAGCGGAAGACCCAUCGGGCUCAGCUUUCCGAUUGCAGGUCAUCUGCAGCGGAAAUGUAGCCCAGAGAGAACAGAUCUUGGAGGUAUCGGAUAUUGAUGCCCCCAUCCAUCAAGAACAUCUUGCCACUCCGGUUAUCUUUUACGAUUACGAUGUCGGAUAUCUACUACUCACAUUCCAGCCAUCAGCCCCGUAUGCGGCUGUGAUGGAUGCUCCGGAGGACGCCCUCACUGCCGGACUUGACAGUUUAUUCGCGCAGAAGUUGACUGUUUCAGGCUCAGCUGAUUUCAUUCCACACAGGGCCCCAUACCAGGUUCCUGCUGUCCUUUACGCUAACUCUCCACUGGAUUCCUUCGUUGAGAAAUAUAUUCCUCAUCGCCAGCGCCACACUCUUAAAGAGCAGGUGCGUUUGUCCCCGGCAACCCUGGACUUGGUUACCACAGCCCAUCGUGUGCUAUCGGCCCACACAAAUGCCCUCGAAAGAGCCGCAUCGGAUCUCUUUCGACGCUGCGAACGCUUGCAGGGUGAAAUGAAGGAUCAGUUGCGACAGCUUUCAGAUGUGGCAGAGCGCAUCAAGGGCGUGACAAGUGAACUUGAUGAGGACGGUACUAGCAAGGAGGGUGUCCGGAAUGGAGAAAUCUUGGAUAAGAGACUGCAAGCCGCAAAGGACAGGCAAAGCGAGCUCACCAACCGCUAUGAUGUGAUCCGCAAGAAGCUUCUCAAUUCAGGCGGCCGUCCUCUGAGUGAGAAGGAGAAGGAAUGGAUAGCUGAAGUUCGUAUCCUAUCCGAAUCUUUGGGCGAGCAGAGCGUGAACAAGGACCAAGACAACAGCCAGAUUACGGGACGACUGGAGACGGUCAAACGUCUUGCACUCGACCUCAUAGCCGAAUCGAAGUCGAUUGCCAACAAGCUAUCGGCGCCUUCUGAGCCUUCGAGCUCAUCUCAACCCCACGUUCCACACCGUCUUCAGAGGGCCAAGGUUUCAGAUGCGAUGAGAAUGGUUGAAAGAGAAUCUGCUGUCAUCGACGCAAUCACAUCGCGAUUGGAACGUCUCAAUAUGAACUUCUCCUAG